UUUUCCUUUCUCUUUUUUCUUCCAUAUAUUCUCAAAAAAUAAAGAAAGAAACUAAAGAAAUUAGGGUUUCUACUUAAUCUCUAUCCCUAAAAUUCCGAAAUCUUAUCCUUUAAUCGCGAGAGGAAUUCCAUUCGUUCGAAUUCACUGUCCAUGCGUCGCGAAAUCUGCGAUAUUAAAUGCUCCAAUUUUGAUUAUAUUCGCGAGCAUUACUGCGAUUACGUCGCGAUUAAGGUUUUCUAGGAAAAGAUUUCGAUGUUUCUUGUUAUUUAUGGGUGAGUUGGAGCUGUUAAGGUUGUAUCGCGCUGCCAGAGGUUUUAUAAGUUGAAAGGUUUGAGCUUUUUGUGGGUUCUCUUCGCUUUAAUUGUUGGAGAAGGGUGAUAAUCUGGUGGAUUUGAAGGACUACUUCUUUGAGCUUUUUCUCGUGAUUUUCGUUGAGAAACAGAGGCAUUGUUGAAUAUUGAAGUAAAACACAACGUCUUUUGGGAGGUAUAGCUAUAGAAUAUUUCCAGGUAUUUUUUCGAGAAAUGUCAGAUUCCUCUCUCAUUUUCCAGUGUUUGUAUGGUAGUUUUUGCUGAAUGUGACUUAAGUGGAAACCCCAUUACUUAAAAUUUCUCUGAAGAACCCCAAAGCCCCAAGCAUGCUAUAUAGCUUUUGGUAUCAACAGUUAAAUAGAUCCCUUUGUUGAUUUCACAAGUGAACAAAGCGAUCUUACCAUUGAGAUUAUACUUCCCGCUAAAUCUCUUCUGACCAUCAAUGGAGUACAUUUGGCGAAACCAUCAUGUCUUAAUUCUUGUCACCUUGAUCACAAUUAUUUCUGCAUGUCAACAAGGUAAAUCCCAAUCUCGCAAUCCUUCCACCACUUCCUCAAGAGAAUUGGAUUCACUCCUUCAAGACUAUGCAUACCGAGCAUUCAAUCAUCCCCACACUGGCACAAUCUAUGAUGCUAAUGUACCUUCAAACCUCACAGGCAUUAAGCUUGCCGUUAUUAGGCUGAGAAGUGGGAGUUUAAGAACAAGAGGAGUUGCGAGUUACAAGGAGUUUCAAAUGCCCAUGGGAGUUAUCGUUCAACCUUAUGUAACUAGGCUUGCCUUUGUGUAUCAAAACUUGGGAAAUUGGUCAUCCUUCUACUAUCCUUUACCUGGCUUCACAUACCUCACUCCGGUCAUCGGUCUGCUUGCUUAUAAAGCUUCGGAUCUUACGGCUACCAACUUGGAUGAGCUUGAUGUUGUAGCUUCAGAAUCACCUAUUACUGUCAAAUUCACGGAUGUGAGACCGGUUCCUAGUGGGCUAACUGCUCAGUGUGUUUGGUUUGAUUUGGAUGGAUUGCCAGAGUUCAGAGACUUGGUAUCUUCUGAUAUAUGUUCCACAUAUAGGCAAGGUCACUUCUCCAUAGUCGUGAAUGUCACUGGGUUAGCUCCUCCUCCAAGCCCUGGUCCUGUUCCAACUCCUAGUGGUAAAAAGACCCAUAAGUCAAGGGUGUGGAAGAUUGUGGUCUCUGCAGUUGGUGGAUUCAUCGGUUUGGUUCUUUUGGGUUUGCUUCUGGUUUGGAUACGAAGGUAUACUAUGAACACGAAGGUGACCGAGAUGGAGAGAAGGGCAGAGGUGGGCGAGUCAUUGCAAAUGGCUCGUGUUGGGGCAAGUCAGGCACCGGUUGCUGCAGGCACACGAACUCAACCGGUUCUUGAAAAUGAAUAUGUUGCUUAAAUUGGUCUUUUUCUCAAAAUUGAAUGACAUGGGGAGCAAAGAUUUGGCGGAAGACUUAAUUCAACUGUUUGAUAUGUACAGCUUCAAUUGGUUUAUAGCUUUGUUCCUUCAGCAAUGAUUGGGUUUAGGGUUUGUGAUGGUUUUCUUUUGGUUUUGGUAAAUCACACAUUUGUUUUUUUAGGACGUUGAAUUUUGGUGUUUAGAUGGUUGAUACGGGCAAAUUCUGCAAGAAUUUUGACUGGAGAUGUUUCAACUGUUUCAAUCAUUUUUUUUUUGCAAAGAUGAUGUAUGUGAUUGAAUUUUGGCAAAUAAAGCUGAGGGUUUUAUUGGAUUUCA